CAAGCCCCUCCUCCGCCCGGAAAUAUUUAUGUUCCCUGACGCUUGCGCAAGGCCAGAAGGUAGUUCCGGUUCCUGUGCGGGGAUUUUCGUUCCUGGUGGUCGGUUGUCGCGGUUGGUGGGAAAUAACUGAACCAAGAUGCUGCGGAAUCUGCUGGCUCUUCGUCAGAUUGCCCGGAGGACCAUAAGUACUGCUUCACGCAGGCAGUUUGAAAAUAAAGUUCCAGAGAAACAAAAGCUAUUUCAGGAGGAUAAUGGAAUUCCAGUGCAUCUAAAGGGUGGAAUAGCUGAUGCCCUCCUGUAUCGAGCCACUAUGGUGCUUACAGUUGGUGGAACAGCAUAUGCCAUAUAUCAGCUAGCUGUGGCUUCAUUUCCCAAGAAGCAGGAUUGACUUCAGUUUAUCAUCUCAGCAGGCAGUUGGUUCAGUUUCAUUCAGCUCUCUAUGGACCAGUAACUGAUAAAUAAAUGAGUUCUUCUUUGGGGAUCAAUAUUUAUUGACUUAUACUAACUGCCACCAAUAAAAGAAACUUUACCAUG